AUGGACAAAGAAACCAUGGCAGCCAACCUCCCAUGGAAGAAUGUUGGUGUUUUCUGCCAUGGCAGGUUGGCUGCCAUGGCUUCUUUGUUCAUGGCUGCCAACUGCAAAGGCUUCUCCGUCCAGAUUUGGACGGAGAAGAAGCCACGACUGGAUUCAAAUCCGGUUUCUCCAUGGAUAUUCAACCUUGAUACCCUUAUUUCACUUCAACUAUAUGAUUGUGGUUUUCUAAGUCCGUUUCCUGAUGAUCCUUGGAAUUUGACAUCCCUUAGAACUCUUGGCAUCUCUGCAAAUCAAUUCCAUGGCCAUCUUCCCAAUAGUCUUUGGAACUUGACUUCUUUGUCAGACCUUGAUCUCUCUGAAAAUAUGUUCACAGGGGAGAUACCAAAGCCAAUUGGAAAACUCAACAAGUUGCAAAGAGUUAAUCUUUAUAACAACAAGUUAGAUGGACCACUUCCAGAGAAUUUAGGAUAUUCAUUUCCAAUGUUAGAAACUCUUCACAUUACGGAUAACAUGUUAGAAGGCAUAGUGACGGAAAAUCACUUUGUUAAUCUCACCAUGUUGGGGUAUUUACAAUCAUCUGAAAAUAGAUUAACGUUGAAUAUCUUUCCAAUAACAACCUCUGGUGUGAUUCCUUGGUGUCUUAAAAAUCUCAUUGCAAUGAUCAGUGAAGAGGCAAUUCAAGAUGGAGAAUUUGAAAUAGGUUAUUCACCUUAUGCAUGGGGAUUUGGUGAAAGUGCUAUAGUGACGACCAAAGGGCAAGAGUAUGAGUAUUACACAAUCAUUCUAACGUUAUUUGUUGGCAUGGAUCUUUCAAGUAACAAUUUUUCUGGGGACAUUCCAAUUGAAUUGGCCAGAAACAACUUAACAAGAAAUAUCCCCGUGGAAAUGGGAAACAUGAGAUUCUUAGAAUCUCUUGAUCUUUCGAGAAAUCAACUUUCAGGAAAAAUUUCCUCUAGUUUCUCAAGUCUGUGCACUCUAGAAGUUUUGGACUUGUCAUAUAACAACCUAUCUGGGAAGAUACCUUCAGGUACUCAACUUCAAGAUUUUAAUGCUUCAUGCUACAUCGGUAACAACCUCUGUGGCCCUCCACUCUUACAAAGUUGUAGUGUUGAUGAGGGCAAAAUUCCAAAAAAUGAAAAUAAAGGAGAUGAUAGUUCUGAAGUAGUGGAUUGGUUUUAUGUUAGCAUGGCUAUAGGAUUUGCAGUGAGCUUUUGGGCGUUCUGUGGUUCUUUGCUUCUUGUGAGACCUUGGAGGAUUGUUUAUUUUCAAUUUUUAGAUGACAAGUUGAAGUCUGUUGGGCACAUGCUCUGA